AUGGUCAACGAAAAGAAACCUUUAUUGGAUGCUUCAGGCACAGAAAAUGGCCCCGAAGAUCUUACUGCCACUGCAAUUCUUCGUAAAAAGAAGAAAGACAAUGCGCUGAUAGUUGACGAUGCCAUCAGCGAUGACAACUCUGUAAUUGGAAUGUCUAGCAAUACCAUGGAACUUUUGCAGUUGUUCCGUGGCGAUACAGUCUUAGUGAAAGGUAAGAAGCGUAAGGAUACUGUGCUAAUUGUUUUAGCAGAUGACGAUAUUGAAGAUGGCGCUUGCCGUGUGAAUCGAGUUGUUAGAAAUAACUUACGUGUUAGAUUGGGGGACAUUGUAACCGUUCACCCUUGCCCUGACAUCAAGUAUGCCUCUAGAAUUUCUGUUUUGCCGAUUGCUGAUACUAUUGAGGGUCUUACUGGUUCACUGUUUGAUGUAUACCUUAAGCCAUAUUUUGUUGAAGCUUACAGACCCGUGCGAAAAGGUGACACUUUCACAGUUCGUGGAGGUAUGCGCCAGGUUGAAUUCAAGGUUAUGGAUGUAGAGCCUGAUCAAUAUGCAAUUGUUGCUCAGGAUACUGUCAUUCACUCCGAAGGUGAGCCUUUGAACAGAGAAGACGAGGAGAAUAACAUUAAUGAAGUAGGUUAUGAUGACAUUGGUGGCUGCCGCAAGCAAAUGGCUCAAAUUCGUGAAUUAGUGGAGUUACCUCUGCGUCACCCUCAAUUAUUCAAGGCAAUUGGAAUAAAGCCCCCUAAGGGAAUUCUGAUGUACGGGCCUCCUGGUACGGGUAAGACGUUAAUGGCGCGUGCAGUGGCCAAUGAGACAGGUGCCUUUUUCUUUCUUAUCAAUGGGCCUGAAAUCAUGUCAAAGAUGGCUGGAGAGUCAGAGUCUAACUUGCGUUCUGCCUUUGAAGAGGCUGAGAAGAACGCGCCGUCAAUCAUUUUUAUUGACGAGAUUGAUUCCAUUGCCCCCAAGAGAGACAAAACCAAUGGGGAGGUAGAGCGUAGGGUUGUGUCGCAACUAUUAACACUGAUGGAUGGUAUGAAGGCGCGUUCCAAUAUUGUGGUGAUUGCUGCUACCAAUAGACCAAAUUCAAUUGAUCCUGCGCUAAGACGAUUUGGUAGAUUUGACCGAGAAGUCGACAUUGGUAUACCCGAUGUCACUGGUCGAUUAGAAUGUCUUAGAAUUCAUACAAAAAACAUGAAGCUUGCGGAAGAUAUUGAUCUUGAAUCUAUCGCACAAGAGACACACGGCUAUGUUGGUGCAGAUAUUGCAUCGCUUUGCUCAGAAGCUGCUAUGCAACAGAUUCGAGAAAAGAUGGAUUUGAUUGAUCUUGAUGAGGAUACAAUUGACGCAGAAGUGUUGGACUCAUUAGGUGUUACCAUGGAAAACUUCAGAUUUGCUUUAGGCAACUCUAACCCUUCAGCACUGCGUGAGACAGUUGUUGAAAGCGUUAACGUAACCUGGGACGACAUUGGAGGUUUAGAUAGUAUAAAGAAUGAGCUGAAGGAAACUGUGGAGUAUCCCGUUCUUCAUCCUGAUCAGUUUGCCAAGUUUGGUCUGUCUCCUUCCAAGGGUGUAUUAUUCUUCGGCCCUCCCGGUACGGGGAAAACAUUGUUGGCUAAAGCUGUAGCAACUGAAGUUUCUGCAAAUUUCAUCUCUGUUAAGGGGCCAGAACUUUUGAGCAUGUACUUUGGUGAGUCUGAGUCGAACAUUCGUGACAUCUUUGAUAAAGCUCGCGCCGCAGCACCUACUGUUGUAUUUCUUGACGAAUUAGAUUCUAUAGCCAAAGCCAGAGGUAAUUCAUUAGGAGACGCAGGCGGAGCAUCUGAUCGAGUUGUUAAUCAAUUACUGACUGAGAUGGAUGGUAUGAACGCAAAGAAGAACGUUUUUAUUAUUGGGGCCACUAAUAGACCUGACCAGAUCGAUCCUGCCAUUUUAAGACCUGGUCGAUUGGAUCAGCUUAUUUAUGUGCCAUUACCAGAUGAACCAGCUAGGCUGUCCAUUCUUCAGGCGCAGUUGCGAAAGUCACCAAUUGAACCAGGAUUGGAUCUUCAGGAGAUUGCUAAGAUCACUAAAGGGUUUUCAGGAGCAGAUCUCUCCUAUAUUGCUCAGAGAGCAGCCAAAUUCGCAAUUAAAGACUCCAUUGACGCCCAAAAGCGACUACUCGAAGAGAAAGCUACUCACAAACUAGAAUCUAGCGAAGAUAUCGAGAUGACCGAGGCUAAGCAGGACGGCGAAGAGGUAGACGAUCCCGUACCUUUCAUAUCACAUAUUCACUUCCAAGAAGCUAUGAAAACGGCUAAGAGAUCGGUCAGCGAUGCUGAACUUAGAAGGUAUGAAGCAUAUGCGCAACAGCUUCAGUCAUCACGUGGCCAAUUUACAGACUUCAAGUUCAACGACUUAGGAGAAUCUGCUGGCAAUGGCGGUUCUAUUGGUGCUGAAUCCAGUGGGCCCGCUUUCGGUAACGUUGAGCCCGAUGAUGACGAUUUGUAUAGUUGA